AUGAGUGAAUCCAGUGCAAAAUCCAGCCAACCCCUGGCUUCAAAACAGGAGAAGGAUGUCUCCGAGAAGAGAGGACGGGGCCGGCCCAGGAAGAAGCCGCAGAUCCGGGCAUCCGCUGACAGCCUUGCCCUUUCUCUUCAGCAGGAACCCAGCGAGGCCCCGACCCCCAAGAGACCACGUGGCAGACCAAAGGGGAGCAAAAACAAGGCCACUGCCAAAAGCAGGAAAGCCGCAGUGGCACCUGGGAGAAAACCUCGAGGCCGGCCCAAAAAAACGCAGAAGGACGAAGAGGAGGUGAACAUUUCGCAGGAGUCGUCCGACGAGGAGCAGUGAACACUUGAACUGGCACUACCUCAUUACUCAACUUACCAAUUUCUCGUCAUGUUCCAGGACUGAGGAAGGGGGGGAAAAAAAGAUCUUCUGUAACUUUUUUUCCCCCCCUCCUCUGCUACUUUCUCACAUUCAGAAAACAAAAAAAAAAACAAAAAACAAAACCAACAGCAGCACUGGAGAUCAAACCGACAGGCCGUCAGCUGCUCACGCGCCGACGGUGGUAACAAAGGGGGAGGACGUUCUCUCCCAGUUCUCUCUUAUUGGACAGGGUUAACAUUUAGCCUACUGGUUUCUGUAGUUUCUUUUGUUCCUAGUGAAAUUCCUCGAGGGAGGGCCCCUGUAGAACAGCUGCUCUCUAGACGGCAGGUUUGCAAUAGGCCUCCAGUAGGGAAAUGGGGUGGCGGGGCUCUCAGUUGUCUGCGUUUUAAAAUUCAUGUUUGAAUUAUUUUUUUAAGCAAGUAGUGGGGAUGGGGGUAGGUUUGUGCCAGCCCCCCAUCUCCACCCCAGCAAAGCAGAGGCAGAUUUCCUGCCCAUGCUUUGCUGAUGGCAGAGGGGAGCGGAGAAGUCCAUCCAGGAGGAAAGUCCAGCAGUUAAAGGUCUGCUGUGGAUACAAGCUAAGGUCAGAGGACCCUGAAUACAGCCUGCUUUGUCCCCUCCUUCCACUGCCAGCCGCAAGGCUUGUUUGCAGGCUAGUUUGGCGGGUGGCAGGGAGGUAAACUUACCCUCUGCAGCUCUGUUGGCAGCAGUGGCCUGUGUUCAAGUCUGUCACAAUCCGCUGGACACUGCAUGGCUGAGCACCCCCCACUAAGGCAGGCUGUCCCCCACAGGGAGCUCCGCAGGGGGCUUUGACCAGAUGACAGCAGCCCGCUGCUUCUGCCAGCGGUGCGAGGUGCCCCCAGCAGGUCUGCUGUGCGCUGGCCCUGCCCCCUGCAGCUGACCCUGAAGCGGAAAGGUUUAGACAUGGAGACUCUGAACUUGCCAUUCCUCCUCUUUGAGCCUAGUGGGGGUCCUUCACCGGUCCACCCACCCCCUCUUCCCUCUGCCAGUUGCCACGCUGCCCGAGCUCCCCACAGCCAUGCACUCUGCUGGCCCCUGGCAAGGGGGUAGAAGGGAUCAUCCCCAUUGGGCCCCAGGCAGCCUUUAGUGCCAGCUGCGGGAGAGCCCCCCCCCCGAGCAGUGGCUGCGUGGCUCUCAGUUCAACAGAGUCGCGUUCCCUGUUAGGAGAGAUGGUUACUGCUGUGCGAUCUUCCCCUGGCAGGAACAUGACAGCAUGAGGCUGUAGGCUGGGACUUGGGAGACAGGUGCUCUGCCCAGCUCCGACACCAGCCUGCUGGCUUACCCUGGGCAUGUCCCAUCUCCCCUGCACCUCCCUUUUCCCUCUGGCAGAAUAGGGCAGAGCGAUCCUGGCCCUUGCAAAGCGCUUUGAGAAAUGCUGAUAAAAGUGGUGGGUAAGAAUAUUACCCCAAAUUCUUCAAGGGGUCUUAAAAAAUGUCCAGAGAGCCUGGUGGCGGAGAGGGAGCGGUCUCCCCACACCCAGCAGAAAUAACUCUCUGGCGCACCCCAGGCUGCUGGAGGCUGGAGCGGGCAGCAAUGGGCACAGGCCCCAGCUGACAGUCAGGUCCUCACCAGGCAAGACCAAUUUGCACUCCCAAGCCUGGAAGUGGGACACAGCCUGGGCUGGGGCUGGGUGGGAACUGCCCUGAGGGAAUAUUUAAGCCUCAGUGCUCAAAAAGCACAUCCUUUUCUGCUUGAAGUUCAGUGUCCAGCGCUGUCCCGAGAGCAGCACUCCUGCUCUUUGCAUCUCCCCUCCAAACUUAAAAGAAAACAAGCCUGUGCCCUGCAGACAGCUGGAUAAGACUGUAGAGACCCCACCACACCCCCCCCCCCCCCAAUGCCCUGUUGCACUGGUAGCUGCCUUGUCACUUCAGGCUCCCACCCCCUGCCUACCCAAGGCCACACGUGGUCAUUUUGCCCUGGAGCUUUGCCUGCCGGAGCCGCUCUGAGCAUGGAGCAAGUCUCCACCACCAAAAAGGGAACUCUGCCAAGCAGUGCUGCCCAUUUCUUCCCUCUGUCCUAUCAGCUGUGGGGAGCUCUGCAGCAGGAAGAGGCUAGUCGGCAUCCCAGCCGCAUUUCCAAGCCCCAGUUCAAAGGAGGGUCUUUAUCUUCUAGGUUCUCUCUCUUUUUUUCCUUCAUUCAUAACUACCUCUGGAUAAUUUAAGUUCCAUUCUCUUAACCACAGAUAUGCUGCUGCUGUUACUGCUGCUCUACUGGUUGCACAGUUUAUUAUUCCAACGUGGUCUGCCUGGUACUUUAUUUUUUUUCCCCCUUUUCCCCCUGCUCCAGAAGUGAUUCAUUUACCUUAUAGUGCAGAGGUUGAUUUGACUGGGAUUUUUUUUUUUUUUUUUUUUUUUUUAAGUAUUAGGUUAUACAAUUAAAAGGGAUAGAGCCUUGCAAAGUGGUGUGGUGAAGGCAUCCCUCCCCAUAGCUGAAUGUUGGUGGGAGGGAGGGUGGGUGCCGUGGAAGAGAUACCAGGGUCUCCUUGUGCCCAGGUCAGACUGGCAACUUCCCAGCACCACCCACGUGCUUCCCACUGGAAACUGGGAGGAAAUGGGAAAGCUGCAGGCCAGGGGGCUUGUGGCAUCAAGUGGAGAAACCCCCCCUUCACCUCCCACCAGCCCCUUGGGAUCAGCUCACCAUCUCCUCUUGAUGCCUCUUACCCCAAAGCUGUCCCAGGCUGCUCAGCCACCUCCAAGUUCCACUUGCGGGCAUUUCUUAAACAGAACAGCCCAGCCGAACUCAGGGCAUGGCCUUGGUGUUGCUGCAUCAAUCCUUCCUUUUGAUAUAGUGGGGCUUGGGUUUGCCCCAGGUGAUGCUCUCAAGCCUGAGGAAGGAGGUUUGGGGGCUGGAGGGAAGGUGCUGCAGACAACACGGCUGCUUUCAGCUGUAUGGGGUGGAAGACGAGCUGCUCUUCCCUCCUGAAUCCAUGCCAGACACCUCCUUCUCCAGGCAUCGUGCCCUCCAGGCCUCGCGGGGGAAGCAUGCCUGGAGGAGGUUUCUGAGGGCUUCUGAGCCGGGGCCAUGUCUUCACCACACCGCUCAGACCCUUUAGAUACGACCAACUGCAAUGGAGCUGGGGGUCAUUUCCAUGGGGAAGGCCACGAGCAAGGCAGCAAAGGCGGGUCUGCAGUUCACUGGGUUGGAAAUUUUUUACUGAGUGUUGAGGUCACCUGCCAGGUGGGGCAGGGGCACGGCGGGAGCGCGGGCGGUGGCCGACAGUUGGUAGAAAGUUGUGUUUCAUGGUCCAUUGUUAAAGACCUUUUGGUUUCCUAUUUGCAGUUACUUGAAUAAAACAUUUUAUGGAUGUUUCAAGCCUC